AUGAAUUCACUAUAUAAUAGAUAAACGACGCGGUUUUCCAAAUAAUUAAAAAAUAAAUACACGUGAAAGUUAUUUAGCUACUACAAAUAUACACCAAUAAUAAUACUAUACGAAGUCUAUCCUCCAUUGUCGUUGUACAUUUACCAUGGUCGCGUACGUAACGUCGAUAUUAAAUCAAAGAAAACGUAUUGUGUUUCAAGACGAAUGUAACCGUUUUGAUUGAAUAAUAACGUUGAUUGAGAGCGUGCGUGUAUUUCACAUACUAAUUCAAACAUGCCAGAAUUUCUUUAAAUUGUUUUUAAAGUUAGUGUUAGAGAAUGGCAGACUUUAACGAAGGUAUUGAUGGGAAAUUGGCUUUUCGGAUGCGAAAAGUCAAUCCCGAACAGUUUCAUACACUCGUCAAGAUGCAUUUAUCUUUUGAAUUGGAUCUUAAUACCGAGGAUAAUGACUGUAUUAUUGAGAAGGCCAAAUUAAAAAAGUGGGGUAUAUUCGCAAGAAAACCAAAGUCUACUAUUAAUUUACAGAAACUAGAAGGUGUUAGUUUAUCUGAGAAUGGAAUAAAUCAAGUCAAACAAUUAAUAGAAUAUUUAUCCAAAGAGCAAAGUAUUAUACAAGAGGGAAUAUUUCGACGUACCGGAAAAUUGACACGGCAACAAGAUCUUAAAAAUGCACUUUACCAAGGUGUUUCUUUAAAUCUUGAAGAUGGUCGAUUUAGUGUACAUGAUUGUGCAUCCGUUUUGAAAGGAUUUUUAGCAGAAUUAUCGGAACCUCUUUUAACAGAUCUUCAUUUUCCAGCUCACUGUCAAAUUGCUGAAUUGUGCAAUUUGAAUGAUAAAACUAAUGAAGCUAGGCUACUUAGAUCUUUGCAAUUGCUUUUAUUGCUUUUACCACCUCCAAAUAGACAUAUAUUGAAAUGUGUCCUUAAUCUUCUUAAUAAGACUGCAACUUUUGAACAUAAUAACAAAAUGAACUGUGAUAGUCUCGCUACUCUUUUUACUCCUCAUUUAUUAUGUCCAAGAAAAUUAUCACCUGAAGCAUUACAUAUAAAUUCACAAAAUUUGUCAUGUUUGGUGGCUUUUAUGAUUAAAAAAAGUGUGGAAUUAUUUGAUAUUCCUCCUAAAUUAGCAACUGAUAUAAGAGCUUAUUGGAUAGAACAAGAAAGAAAAUUACUAAGUCCUAAAAAAUCAGAUUUGGAUGAAUCUGUACCAGACACCACAGGCACGGCGCAUACUGUAUUUAGUUUUGUUGAUCAUAAAUUGACAGCAAAGGCUAAUUCUACUCAAGAUACUCAGGCAGCACUUGCUCAGCUGUAUGCUCAUAUACAAGCAAUGCCAGAGUCUGCAAAAAAACGAAGACUUGUAAAGCAAUUUAAUAAGGAAAAUGGUCAAGGUACACCUAGGCAUGUAAAAAAUAUUCGAACAAAGAGUCUUGGAGAUUCAAUAAAGAAGCACAUUUUUCAAAGAAAACUUUUGAGUAAUAAAAAAUUUAUCGAUAUCAAUAUCGGAUGUAACAUCACCAGAUCUAGUAGCGAGGAAAAUAUAUUAUCUACGAGUCUUGAAAAGCCGUUCCUUCAAAAAACUCGUUACACUAAAUCAGAUGAUGAAUUUAAUAUAGAAAAUUCUGGUACAGAUACUAAUAACCUUGUACGCACUAAACAUAUUAGUAACAGUACUGGUAGUAUUAAUGCUCCUACUGCAACAACUUAUAAAAGUAAAAGAAAAGUCAUUGGUUUUGUAAAUAUUAGCGAUACACGUUCCAAUGAAGAACUUGAAGAAAUAAAAUACCAGAAAUCUUCAUUAAAAUUAAAGAAGUCAUUUGUAAAUAGUUCUGAAAGUUAUAAGACAUUAGAUGGAAGUACCUUUAUACAUGAAGAAUUUUCUAAUGAUGAAGAUACAGACAAAAAUACUAAUUUAUCUAGUACUAGUAGAUUGUCAAGACAAUCUAGCGAACCACCGGACAUGUAUUCUUCUCAAGUUACACCAAAUACUAUUGAUAGCAUUGAAUUGGUUAGACAAAAUUCUGAGCCAGUAUUUUCAAUGUCUAGAAGAAAAGAUAUGGAAGUCGAUUAUACUCCUAAAAUCGCAGAUGUUGAUACAAAAUGUUUAGAAGUGACAUUAAAAUAUGAUUCAUGCAUGGAGAAUGCAUGUUCACAUCCAUCCCCAAGGGUUAAAAACAGAUUUUGGAAUGUAUAUGCUGCUCAUACUUCAACGCCAUCAAGUCUUUUGCGAAAAAGUUUAGUUGCUAAUGAUUACAUACUGACACCUAUCACUAAUAAUGACAAAAGCAUGAGUCCUAUCACACAAAGUGCAACUAAAAUGACAAAAGCUAUGCAGGAAACCAUGAUGACUCCACGUUCUCGUAAACCCGUUAUGAUGGUAUCAGGGUCGAAUCUUUGUGAUCUUGCCAGUAUGAAUGAGAGUUCACAACGUAAUGUUUCCAGUAACUUGCAUAGAUCAAAUAUUGAUUUGUUCACUCAUGUGAACUGUUCUUCUAUUUUAGAAAAAUUACGUAGACCAGAUAGUCCAGAUGGUGAAUUUAUUUAUAUGGAAGGUGUUGACAUAGAUGAUAAAGAAAAUCUUACAGAAGCAAUAUGUCAAAAGCAAAAUUUGGAUACUUCUAAUGCAGACGAAUGUUGUACCAUGACGCGGCAAAGCUCUAUGUCUAUAACAAGCACAUUUAGAGAAUAUUUAUUAUCGAGAAGCGUAUUAACUGCAAGUCCUGUUGAUCUUAGUUUUACUUCACGUACUGAUGAUUUUGAGCAAUCAGAAUCUGACAUAAAUAUUUUAAAUGAAGAUGGACUAUCUAGUAGUUUACUUCGUUGCUUAGAUGGAAACAAUCCAGAAUCUGACACGUCUGGUAUAGCCUCUGGUAGUGCAAAUAGCGCUAAUGACUCUUCAGAGAAAAUCGAAGAAAUUGUUUCUCCAAGAAAACGAGGAACUAGUUUACAGCGUAAUGACUCAAAAAGAUCUAUAAAGGAUAAAAACGUGUUAAAGACAGAACGUGGUCAAAGUUUUAAGUACAAACAGAUAAGCGAGUCAAGAUUAAAUUCUACAAAAGUAAAGGAUACAUUUCAGGAGACAUCGUUUUAAAUUGGAAUAAGAAGAUUACUUAAAAUAUAAGUACAGACUAAUGUGAAUUUCAGUAUGAGCAUUGAUGAAAUAUAAACGUGAUUUUAGU